AUGACUACAGCUGCACACCAUCACUAUGGUUCUCUUGUGUUCAAGAUUGCUUUGUUCGUCAACUUGCUCAGUGUUUUAUUCAAUGUAGUCAGCGAUUGUGACGAGACGUACAACUACUGGGAGCCGCUUCAUUUUAUUGUAACUCAAGGCCGUGGGGGUGGAUUUCAAACAUGGGAAUACUCACCAACCUACGGGCUACGUUCCUAUCUCUAUCUCUGGCUGAUUGGUUGGCCCGCAUUCCUGAUUGCACAGCUGGGUUGGCCAAUGUGGCUGGGCUUCCUGUUGGUUCGUCUACAUCUUGCUCUGUGGUCCACGGGCGCGCUAACGUUCCUGAGUGUUGUACUGGCUCGUUUAGUCCCCGCCAACCUCUCGGGAAAAUCUUUUGGACUACCUGUAUCCAUUUGGUUCUGUGGAUUCUACGCUCUAUCCCCGGGAAAUUUCAUAUCGGCUACUACAUUUGUUCCGAGUGGGCCAGCAACCACGCUUUGUCAACUGAUGCUUGCAUUUUGGCUGUCCGGUCACAUAUUCUUAGCCGUAGGUUGUGUAGCAUUGACCGGUAUUAUUGUGUGGCCGUUUGCCGCCUUUCUCGGUGUUCCUUUAGCAUUAUCGCUCAUAAGCAGCCGUCGCCUAUUCACUCUGAUAUUUUACGCAUGCGUAUGGGCUGUUGCACUGAUUCCCAUCACCUUAUUGGUUGACUCUUAUCAUUUCGCUCCGUUGAAUAUCAUUCGUUACAAUCUGUUCCCACAUGCGCACAAUGUGCCCGGCAGUGCUUCUCAGCUAUAUGGUGUGGAGCCUGUUUCGUUCUAUGUCAAAAAUUACAUUUUGAAUCACAAUAUUGCGGUUGGUCUUGCAGGUCUUUAUCUGUUGGUUUCCAUCGGACAGGUGCUUCAUGCUCUCCUACAGAGUUUGUCCCGUUCGAAAUCCACCCAAAAUCGCAAUGGUCUGAUACCACUCCAUCUUUCCUUGGUUUGUGUUAGUCCCAUGGUUCUAUGGAACUUGAUAUUCUUCGCUCAACAGCACAAAGAGGAGCGCUUUUUAUUCCCAUGCUAUCCUUGCCUAUCACUUGGUGCGGCUUUAUUCACCUAUUGGUUUGUUCAGCGUGUUUCGCGCCUUACCCGUUGGCUUCGCGUGAAUCAGUUUGCCGGUGUUGUAUGCUCCGUACUGUUGAUCACAGUUUUUCUUUUGGCCAGCACAUCUCGCUCGGUCGGACUUGUUCGUUGGUACAAUGCACCAAUUUAUUUAAUACGUCAUUUACCUCCACCCAGUGCGAAUUCAAAACCGCUUCUUUGUCUCGGUCGUGAUUGGCACUAUUUUCCCAGUCGUUUCUUACUACCGGGUAACGGGGCUCGGUGGUCCUUGGGUUAUUUGCGAUCCAACUUUAGCGGCCAACUGCCGGGUCAUUUUAUGGCAGUACGCGAUUCGAAUUCCAAUUGGAUCAACUCCGUUCGUACAGAAGGAAGUCGAUUUAAUGGGGCGAAUCUCGAAGAGCCGGAUCGCUUCGUUCCGGGUGGGGCUCUCACCUGUGACUAUAUCCUCGAUCGGGAUUCGAAACCGGGCCCGCGUGAAGAAUUGUAUGUGUCGGAUAAACGACGAUGGAAAUCGAUAGUCGCUCGCUCUAUUCUUGAACCGCACUCCUGUGGCAUAUUGGCUGUGCGAGACGAACCGUUGCAUUCAUGGUUCAAACAAUAUCCCAUUUUGUGUCAUGUGUUUCGUGCCUUCUACAUUCCUUAUUUGUCUGAGUUGACCAAUCGUCCAGUUACGAUGCAUAUUUUGAAGCGGCUCCCCAAUCGUACAACUUGA